AUGGUGUUUCAAGUGGGACGUAACUGGGGAAGAAGUUUACAGUGUUCUGCUUCAGACUGUUUUCCUGAAGCCAUGGAAGAAUUAAUAGUUGAAUUGCGUCUGUUUCUUGAACUUUUGGACCAUGAAUAUCUAACAUCCACUGUCAGGGAGAAAAAAGCAGUAAUAACUAACAUUCUCCUGAGGAUACAGUCAUCAAAAGGUUUUGAAAUAAAAGAACAUGUACAGAAACAAGAAGUUUCCAAUAGUUUGCCUAGUUUGCCUGCCCCACCUCAGAUGCCUCUACCAGAGAUACCUCAGCAAUGGCUGCCACCAGAUAAUGGGCCUCCACCUCUACCAACAUCGUCCCUACCUGAAGGCUACUAUGAGGAGGCGGUGCCACUUAGUCCUGGAAAGGCUCCUGAAUAUAUCACUUCCAAUUAUGACUCAGAUGCUAUGAGCAGCUCUUACGAAUCUUAUGAUGAAGAGGAGGAAGAUGGAAAAGGAAAAAAAAUGAGACAUCAAUGGCCUUCUGAGGAGGCUUCUAUGGACCUCGUAAAGGAUGCCAAAAUCUGUGCCUUCCUCUUGAGAAAGAAGCGAUUUGGACAAUGGACCAAACUACUGUGUGUUAUCAAAGAAAACAAACUACUGUGUUAUAAAAGUUCCAAGGAUCAGCAAGCUCAGAUGGAACUGCUGUUGAAUGACUGCAGUAUCACAUACAUUCCCAAAGACAGUAAAAAGAAGAAGCAUGAGCUGAAAAUCACUCACCAAGGAACAGAUGCACUGGUUCUAGCAGUACAGAGCAAAGAGCAGGCGGAACAGUGGUUGAAGGUGAUAAAAGAUGUUUGUAGCAACUGCACUGGAGCGAUAGAUUCAGAUGGACCAUCAUCUAGUUCUCCGAUACACAAGACAGAACUGGAAAAGAAAUUGUCCUCCGAGAGGCCAAGCUCAGAUGGGGAGGGUGCUAUAGAAAAUGGAAUCGCUGCUGUGUGUAAUGGAAAAGAACAAGUUAAGAGGAAGAAGAGUUCCAAGUCAGAGACCAAGGGCACAGUGACUAAAGUAACAGGGAAAAAAAUAACAAAGAUCAUCAGUUUAGGAAAGAAAAAGCCAUCAACAGAUGAACAGACCUCAUCAGCUGAGGAAGAUGUUCCAACAUGUGGAUAUCUGAAUGUGCUCUCAAAUAACCGGUGGCGUGAACGCUGGUGCAGAGUGAAAGAUAAUAAGCUCAUUUUCCAUAAGGACAGAACAGAUCUGAAGACCCACAUUGUUUCUAUUCCUCUGCGUGGCUGUGAAGUCAUUCCAGGCUUGGAUUCCAAGCAUCCCUUGACAUUCCGUCUGCUUCGAAAUGGGCAGGAGGUCGCAGUGUUAGAGGCUUCAUCAUCUGAAGACAUGGGCAGAUGGAUUGGGAUUUUACUGGCUGAAACCGGUUCAUCUACAGAUCCUGGAGCCCUGCACUAUGAUUAUAUUGAUGUGGAGAUGACUGCAAGCGUCAUACAAGCUGCAAAACAGACCUUCUGUUUUAUGAACAGACGUGUUAUAUCUACUAAUCCAUAUCGGGGAAGCACUGCCAAUGGCUACGCAUGUCCCAGUGGAAUGGCACUUCAUUAUGAUGAUGUUCCCUGCAUAAAUGGAUCGUGGGAACUUGAAGAUGGCUUUCCUACUUCUCGUAGCAGAAACAUGGGAGAAGAAGUGCUUUAUGAUAACGCAGGCCUGUACGAUAACUUGCCGUCUCCGAAAAUCUUUGCACGCUAUCCACCUGCUGACAGAAAAGCCAAUAGGUUAUCUACUGACAAACUCUCUUCUAACCAUUACAAAAGCCCUGUCUCAUCCAAUCUGUCCUCUGCUCAGUCUGUCACUAACACCUCUGCUGUGGGGAGGGGAUCUGGCUCUCAGUUUAAGGGCAAAAAAAGCCCUGCAACUGCAAAUGGGAUCUUGGGAAAAGGAAGAAUUUUAAACAACCAACAGAAGAAAUCUGAAUCAGCGUCAAGUGUGAAACGCACAGCAUCGAAUGCAGAUCAGUACAAAUAUGGCAAGAACCGCGUCGAGGCAGAUGCGAAGAGGUUACAAACCAAAGAGGAGGAGUUGCUAAGGAGGAAAGAAGCUCUGAGGAACAGGUUGGCUCAGCUCCGAAAAGAAAGGAAAGACCUGCGAGCUGCCAUUGAAGUUAAUGCUGGCAGGAAGACUCAAGUGAUUCUUGAAGAUAAGUUAAGGAAGCUGGAAGAGGAAUGUAAGCUGAAGGAGACGGAGCGUGUUAAUCUGGAGUUGGAACUGAUUGAGGUGAAAGAGAGCCUGAAGAAAGCCUUGGCUGGCGGUAUCACACUGGGAUUGGCAAUCGAGCCCAAAUCAGGAACCUCAAGCCCACAGUCUCCAAUUUUCAAGCAUCGAACUCUGGAAAACUCUCCUAUCUCCAGUUGUGAUACAAGUGAUACUGAAUGUUCAAUACCAGUGAACAGUGCAGCAGUGCUGAAGAAACCUCCUUCAUCAAGUAAUUCUCCGUGUCGAGGCCACGUCCUUCGAAAAGCAAAGGAAUGGGAGCUGAAAAACGGAACAUAA